UCAGCUGUGUGGCUACCUUGGAUACCAAGGACGCGACUUGUUGGGAGAGUGUGGAGUUUUGGAGUGAUACCCCAGGGGCUAAAAUCCAUACAGAAAAAUAACUCUAAAUAAGGAUCAAGACCAAGAGAAAGGAAUUGUGAAAAAUGGAAGACAGUAACACUGACACAGAUGAAAACGAAGAUGGGGAGGAGAAAGCAGCAGCAGCAAAAACAAAAAAGGAGCAGCACAAAAAGGGCCAGGAGGAACUCCCCUCUGUCAUAGUGCCCACAAUUAAUAUUCGAGAGGAGCGGCUUGUCGAUUUAGCUGAAACACCAGCUUUCCGGUGUCUACAUGAGUUGCAUUCUAUGGGAAAACUUCCUGGAACCAGAAUGGCAGAGUUGAAAGCCAAGUACACCUUGCUCCAUGACAUGGUGGUGAGCACACAAGAGUCCGAGCUGCAGCUGCUACAGAAUGCCAAGCUCUUCACAGAGCAGAUCCAGCAGCAGCUUGUCCGUUUGCAGCAGGCCGAUGACUUCCCCAACGUCUUCUCCACUGAGGUCUGCAAACUGCGGGAGCAACUGCUCAAGUACCAAAAUGAAUACAAUGCAGUGCAAGAAAGGGAAUACCACAAUCAGUACAGACUGAACAGCUUAACAGAAGAAAAGACUCUCAUAUUAAAGGAAUUUGAGAAGAUACCUAAGCCAGGAGAAAUGGACAAGAAGAUGAAAGCCCUGAAAGAGAGCACUGAAGAACUUCGCAAGGAAGUAAUUCAGAAGAGACUGGAGAUCAAAAUCCUCCGGGAAGAUGUAGUGUCCAAGCAGAAGCAGCUGCUAAAGGAGCAGAAGGAGCUAGAAGAGCUGCAGGAGUGCCAGGUCGGCCUGAAGGAUGAUGUGGUCCACCAUCAAACUAUUCCCGUACAAAUUACAAAGGAGAUAGAAAAAAUGACACGCAAAAAAAUAGACAUGGAAAAGAAGAAUAUUGUCUUGGAAUAUGAAGUCAAAGAGCUAAAUGAGUCUUUAAAGAGGCUUGAGAACAAGGUGAAUGCUCUCGUGGAGGAGAAGGAUGACAUAAUAAAGGAAGUAGAGGGCAAGCGAGCCUCGUUGGAAAUGAAAGAACGAGAGUAUAGCCAGCUAUUGAAGAUGUUGGAGUUAACCAAGGAGAACGAAGCUUCCUCGCUAGCCGAAAGAGGGAUCUUGGAUCUCAAUCUACGAAACUGUCUCAUUGACAAGCAGAACUACCAUGAUGAACUUUCUCGUAAGCAAAGGGAGAAAGAGCGAGAUUUUCGAAACCUGAAGAAGACAGAGCUACUCCUGAAGGUGUCCUUGGAGGCACUCACUCAGACACAAGCGCUGAAUCAAAGACUUCUACUCGAGAUCGAAGCUAUCCCUAAAGAUGACCUUAUGUUGCCUGAGAGGAGAAGAGACCUCCACAAGGAAGUGGAAUUAGCUAAGAGGAAUCUGGCUCAGCAGAAAACCCUAUCAGAAGCUGAGGCCAGGCUCGUAGAACAGCAUAUUGCUGAAGAAAAUAAACUUUUAAAGGAGCAGGAGAAUAUGCGAGACCUGGUAUUCAACCUGGGGCGAAUGACGCAGAUCAAAAUAGAUGAACGAGAACAAAAGUCCAAAGAUUUCCUGAAAGCCCAGCAAAAACAUUCCAAUGUCAUUAAGGAAAUCAAAGCAAAGGACCUUGAAAUCAGACUGUACAAGAAGAAAAAGCAUGAAAUUCACCGGAGACUCCGAGAAUUUGCCAAACUGUAUGACACAAUUAGAAAUGAAAGAAACAAGUUUGUUAACCUCCUUCACAAAGCUCAUCAGAAAGUGAAUGAAAUAAGGGAAAGGCACAAAAUGUCACUAAAUGAACUGGAAAUUUUGAGAAACAGUGCUGUCUCUCAAGAAAGGAAGCUGCAAAACUCCAUGCUGAAGCAUUCCAACAGCGUGACCAUAAGGGAAAGCAUGCAGAAUGAUGUGUGCAAAAUCACCACUAAACUCCAGGAAAUGAAGGAGAAGAAGGAAGCCCAGCUGAACAGCAUGGACAGGCUGGCCAGCAUGAUCUCCAUGAUUGAAGAGGAGAUGGUGCAGCUGCGGAAGAAGUAUGAGAAGGCUGUCCAGCGGCGAAACGAAAGUGGUGUCCAGCUGAUAGAGCGAGAGGAAGAAGUAUGCAUUUUUUAUGAAAAGAUAAAUAUCCAGGAGAAGUUGAAACUUCAUGGUGAUGUUGAAAUCCAUGUCCUUGAUGAAAAAAUCCGAUUCCUGAGACUGAAGAUUGCCGAGAAGCAAAGGCAAAUUAGUGUGACACAGAAGCUACUGCCCACCAAGAGGGCCCUUGAUGCCGACCUGGCCGUGCUCCAGAUCCAGUUUUCACAGUGUGCAGAUAGAAUAAAAGACCUGGAGAAACGAUUUAUAAAUCCCAGUUGUAAGGGCAGAAUCCGCUUCAUUCAGGGGAAGGAUCUAACUGAAGAAGAAAUGAUCAAGAAACUGGAUAUGCUGGAACUUCAGCUGGCCAAGAAGGAGGAGAAGUUACUGGAAAAGGAUUUCAUCUAUGAGCAGGUGACCCAGCUCACCAACAGGCUCAGAAGCAAAACCCAGACUUGCAAGGAGGAUACACUGCUCUUAGCCAAGAAGAUGAAUGGCUACCAAAAAAGGAUCAAAGAUGCUACUGAGAAAAUGAUGGCUCUAGUUGCUGAGCUGUCCAUGAAACAAGCCCUGACCAUUGAACUCCAAAAGGAGAUGAGGGAGAAAGAAGAAUUUAUCUUCUCCUGCAGUUCCAGGAUAGAAAAGGGCCUACCACUCAAUAGAGAAAUUGAGAAAGAUUGGCUGAAGGUACUUCGAGAUGAAGAAAUGUAUGCUUUUGCCACAGCUGAGAAAUCUCGGGAGUACAUGGAAACAGAUUAUCGGCAGCUGCCCAAUGGUGUUUACACAACUGCAGAGCAGCGUCCAAAUGCCUACAUGCCAGAAGCCGAAAGUGCACUUCCUCUGCCCAAACCAUAUGGUGCGCUGGCUCCAUUUAAACCCUCUGGAACUGGAGCCAACAGGAGGCACAUAAGGAAACCUGUGGUGAAGCCCAUUGAAAUCUAAGUGUGAACCAACCCCAGCUUCUCUAGGGAGUACUUCAGCCCAGCUUCACACCCACAGAGGAGGAUGAGCAUCAUGGUUCUAAUUCUGUCAUCAGUUAGGUGCAGUCAGCAACAUAGUGGGACAUGGUCUCCUUUUACAUUCAGCAACUGCUUCGUGUUGUCUGACGUUAAAUGGAGCAUCGACUACAAUUCUAUCAGUGUAUUUUCAUUACUCAUGUGUUUCUUCAUCAUUGUUUAUAUUGACUACAUUCAGGAAUAUAUAGUAGACAAGAUGCUAUAAAAGCACAAAAU